UUAAACAUAUCCAAGAGCACCAAGUGCAAAGAGGGGAGGCAGGGAGAGGGGAGAGGGGUUGAAAGCCAUGAAAGAACACUGGCUCGACGAUUUAACUAAAUAGUUAACUGAAUGAAAAACAUGCAACUUACGAAAAAGCAAACCUCCCUCUCCCAAGUAAUUUAAAUAAGCUUUAAAUGAAGUUGAAAUCAUUUUCGACACAGGAUAAUAAUAUAGAAGAAGAUUUUAACAUUAUCGAGGAUAUACUUCUGAACAAAUGACGCGCGUAAACGACGAUUCUGUAAGUUCAGCACAAGAGAACGCUUUAUCCACUUUACGCAUUUAUGGAUAACAUUUAAUGUUCUGUUAUGAUCUUAACGCGGGUGUCCAACUGACAUUCCCGCAUUCUAAGUGGUUAGUGUUGAUUUUUAAAUUGAAAAUAUUGAAUUGAAAGUUUGUAGCAAUUGCAUCGAAGAGUAAUGAGCGGAGGUCGCUUUGAAUUUGACGAUGGCGGUGCGUAUUGCGGCGGAUGGGAGGGAGGCAAAGCGCACGGGCACGGGAUCUGUACCGGACCCAAAGGACAAGGAGAGUUCUCCGGAUCCUGGAAUUACGGAUUCGAGGUGGUGGGAGUCUACACCUGGCCGAGUGGAAACACCUACGAGGGGUACUGGGCGCAGGGGAAGCGCCAUGGCUUAGGUGUGGAGACCAAGGGACAUUGGGUCUACAAGGGAGAGUGGACGCACGGGUUUAAAGGGAGAUACGGAACGCGUUUUAGCCAGGGCAGCGGUGCCAAGUACGAGGGCACUUGGAAUAACGGAUUGCAGGACGGGUAUGGCACGGAGACAUAUGCGGAUGGCGGAACCUUUCAGGGCCAGUUCACUGGUGGCAUGCGACACGGCUAUGGCGUACGUCAAAGCGUCCCGUACGGCAUGGCAGCAGUGAUGCAAUCUCCUCUGCGAAACUCUCUGAGCUCCCUGAGAAGUGAACACAGCAACGGCACUGUCCUGCAACAGGACAUACCCGUCAUCACCGGCACAAACUCAUCCGGCCAUGAAACCAUAGUAAACACUCCCACACCCCUCGGCCCAUCUCGUGGCGGCUUUGCCCUCACGCUCCAGGUGGACCCUGAUGCGGUCAAGCCUAAGAAGAGAGGCCUGUUUCGCCGUGGCUCGCUGCUGGGCAAGCUGAAGAAAUCUGAUUCAAAGACAUCUCUGUCCAGUCAGAAGAGCAAGAUCAGCUUUUUGCGGGUCGAUUCGGCCCUUAGUUCCGCCGCCAGCGAUGCCAACUCGACCAUCAGCCUGGGCGAAAGCGAAGGGGAAGGCGAGGGUCAUGAGUUUCCGCCCGUGGAGUCAGAUAUCGAUGCCACCACCACAGAGGUUUACAUGGGCGAGUGGAAGAACGACAAGCGCUCGGGUUAUGGCAUCAGCGAACGCUCCAGUGGCCUUAAAUACGAGGGAGAGUGGCUGAACAACCAGCGCCACGGUUAUGGAAUCACAACGUUCGCGGAGGGUGGCAAGGAAGAGGGCAAGUAUGUUAACAACAUGCUGGUGAAGUCUGUUAAAAAGAAGGUCAUUCAGCUGAAAGGCACCAAGAUAAAGCAAAAGGUGGAGAGGAGCGUGGAGGGAGCUCACAGGGCAGCCGCCAUCGCCAAGCAGAAGGCCGAAAUCGCCAACUCAAGAACGGCUCAUGCCAAAACCAAAGGAGAGGCCGCAGACCAGGCUGCAAUAGCAGCUAACAACGAGUCUAGCAUCGCCCGUGUGGUUGCCAGAGAGCUUUCUCCCUCUUUUUAUCAACCAGGUCCAGAGUAUCUGAAAAAGCGAGCCCUGCAGGAGGUUGCAGAGAGUAAUGAGAACAUUGACACGGAGAUGCAUGAGCCUGUGUUAGUUGAGAAUUCAGCACCAACACCCACAGAUAGCCUUUUAAUGCAUGAGAUGGAAAACCUGAGACCAAGCUCCACCUUGGCACGCACCCCUUCACCCACUCCCGCCAUUGUCCAUCAGGGCUCUAGCAAGGAAGGUCCACAUCUGCUGAGCCCUGGUAACUGGAACGGAGAAAAGACCAGUAGAGGAAGCAGUCAAGCAGGUAGCAGGCCGAACAGCAGACCCAGUACACCAUCCUUUACCCCUGCCGCUCCACCCAACGUCCCAGAGGAGCGUGCCCCAUCCCGGACCCCCAGCAUCAAAGCUGAACAGGGUUCUGAUUUGGAAAUCAAACCCCUGCAAAAAAUGGACUCUGAGAUGAAGGCAGCCGAACCUGCCCCGGUAAGAACCAGCCUCGUCAUCUCCACCGACGAUGAAGAACCGCCUCGCCCUCCCUCCAAGCUGCUGUCCAAAGCGGUCCCACCAGAACGAAAGUCCGCCGAAGUCAAGCGUAGAGCUGAAACAAGGGAGCUCGUAAAUGAGCUUCCGACAGAAAGCAAGCCUCACUCCAGGACGGAGCUCAGGGAGGAGAAGAAAGUAACCAACAAAGUGGAGUCUAAACCUUCACUGAAACGAGAACCGAGCCCUGCCCCAAAAGCUGCACCAAAACCUGAGCCCAAGCUAGUGCCGAAACCAGAACCUAAACCUGUGGUCAAGCCGGUUGCUAAACCAGUUGCCAAAGUGGAGCUCAAAAAUGAGAUGAGGCAGAGGUCAAUGGUGAAAGCCCCCAGUGAAAUUUCACAGGAGUCCGUGGAGCUGGAUGAGGGGCCAAACACAGUUAUGAUCUGCAUGGUUAUAUUCCUGAACAUUGGUCUGGCCAUUCUGUUCGUUCACAUUUUGUCUUGAGGCGACAAAGCCUAAGCCAAAACCGCCCAGGUGAAAGAAUGUAGCUGUGAGGAUGCGGCGCGCUCCAUUAGCAGCUCUGUUGUUGUGAUAUCGAGUUUCAGAAAAGCCCUCCUGAGCUACUCUAAAGAUGGCCGCCAUCUGCAGUUGGACUGAGCGAAUCAAACCAUCAGUACGUCUUAGUGUCUGACUGUGAGAGUAAAGCAUUUGUACACAUUUGCUUUGUAAGGCACCGCUGAAUUUUACAGUUCUGUCAACUCAGUUUGUUUGUCAGUAGAGAAAAAUAAAUGGAAUAAUCUGUUAUAAGGGCAAA